GAAGUAAAAAAGUCGUAUUUACCUGCUUAACCCGGUAUCUCUCUACCUAAUUAGUAAUCUUCUAGACAAGCCUUCCAAGCUUGCCGUAUAAAAGCUUGACCCUCUUGACCCUCUCAUCUUUUUACCUCUUCUUCCUCCACUCGUCUUCCUCUUUUCCCUCUACGCAUACCACUGGUGCCGCCAAGUACUUCGGCAUCUGCAUCCAAUCAGUGCCUUCAAUAACCAAAAUCCAGUAUCAAGAAUCCAGUAUUAAGCGCCAUGGCCACCUCUGAGCCCGAGCCGGUCCACUUCUUCGACCUCUACUCAGACCUCCCAGGCCCGGCCAAGUCAUGGUCUCCUAACACCCUCGGGGUGCGAGCGGUGCUCAACUUCAAGGGGAUCCCAUAUACUCAGAGCUGGAUCUCGUAUCCAGAUAUUAAACCGCUCAUCACGGGCUUGGGGCUGCCACCCAACCGAGAAGGCAUUCCAUAUACACUUCCAGCCAUCAUCCACCGGUCUUCUGUUACGUCCAAUCCAAACGGAGCGCUAAUGGACUCGCUCCCCAUCGUCCUGCACCUCGACAAGACGUUCCCGUCUCCGUCAGUGUUUCCCUCUGGUGACGCCAGCUACGCGCUCGUACUUGCUGUCCAGAAGGUUUGCAAGCUUCUGCGCCCCGUGAUCUCAAAGCUUGUAAUCCCACGCGUGGUAGAGCAUCUGGACGAUCGCGGCCAGAAGUACUUCAAUGAGACGCGGUCGGCGUGGUUCGGCAAGCCGCUCGCCCAAGUCCAUCCCACGGACCAGGCGAGUCUGGACGAGCUGUGGAAACUGGCCGAGACCGAGGCUGCCGUGCUGAUCCAUAUGCUAAAAGGCCGCGACGGGAAGAAGGGCCUGUUCUUUGAGGGUGAGAAAGCAGGGUAUGCGGAUUUACUAUUUGCCUCCCAGCUGGCAUUUAUAAAUCGCUUUAACCCGGAACUCUUCAAGAAGUUUCUGCAACUAGGGGAUGGUGAGUUCAAGACGCUAUAUGAGGCCUGUCUGCCGUGGCUGGAGGGGCAGGGAGAAGACAGGGAGUGGCCUGUCCCGUCGUGUUCUUCCUGAGGGAGAAAGGGUUUCUUGGGAGAGUGUAUUGGUGACUUUGCAGAGCUCUUGUCUGUUUGA